GGACUUGAAAUGUUUCAAUUGUAAGCUUUUCAAUAUUGAAAAGUUUUCAAUGUGCACGAGAAUAGCACUGAUUGUACGAUUUGUUGUGAAGCCAACAUCCCACGCAUUGUUAUCCUCAGCUUGGUCAUAGAAUAGUAGCACUUUAUUCUGUGGCUUGGUCGUGUUCACGCCUUUGGCAAAGUUCGUGUAUGGUCGUUUGUUUGUUUACACGCCUACGUGAAAGUUGUUUUUUGUCUAAUUACGUGAUUUUGACUAAGUGUGGCCUGUGACAAUUAUUUAUAUCAUGGUGCGGCGUUGUGAAGUAUGCAAUGCAUAUGAUAGGCGAAAAAAAGGAAUAUCAUUUCACGCAUUCACGAAGAACAAUGAUCUCAUUAAGGAAUGGUUCAGUUUAUUGAAUUUUAAAGAAGAUAAAAAACUGACAAAAACCUCUCGAAUAUGCUCGCAACAUUUCCGACAGAGUGAUUUUGAAAUCAAACCAUCUGGUUUAAAGUACUUAAAAAGCGACGCUAAACCAAUGCCUUAUAACUCAAAUUUAUCACCUACACAAAAUUUGAGCUCUAGUAGCAGUGGUUCGUGUCAGCAACCUCCUUGUCAGCAACCAUUAAAGCGCAAACGUACUACAGGUAGCUCUACAAAAACGAAUACUCCUCCUAAACUCCGAGAUAACGUAUCUCAUAAAACUGUACAUAAGUCAUCUUCAGGGACCUUAACAGCAUCUGAAUUUGAACAGAAAUCAGCUAUCGGACAAACAACACCUCCUGGGCAAAGAGAUAUUUUCUGUGCUGGACCAUCUACUGCAUAUCCAAAUGUAAACAAAGAUGGAAGCAGCAAAAAACGUUAUGUAGGAGAUAUUGCUAGCGAUGAGUUUUCCACACCAAAGAAAGCAAAGAAACAUGCGCGAAUGCUGAAGGGUGCUGUUGUAAAGUAUAGGAGAAGAGUUGUUACACUUAAUCAGAAAAUUCGAAGGUUGAGAUCUAGAGUUACGAAUUUACAGUCACUCCUAAUAGCCCAAGAGCCCACGACGGCCAGACCUUCGUCAUUUUAUAAAAGCUAA